AUGUCUUCGUUCCGCUCUCUCCUCCAGACCAAACAACGCCUGAUCGGCACCUUCGUCAGCUUCAACGACCCGUACAGCGCCCAGAUCCUGGCACAAUGCGGCUUCGACUGGCUGAUGAUCGACAUGGAACAUUCGCCGCUCUCUGCGCAGGAGAUCACGGCCAUGGUGCAUUCCAGCGUGGCGGCGUCGGCAGGGAAUUGCGCGCCCAUCGUGCGGAUCCCGUCCCACGGCAUCGAGUGGAUCAAAUGGGCCCUGGACAGCGGUGCCAGCGGCAUCAUCGUGCCCAUGGUGAACAACAAGCAGGAGGUUGACGGGGUCAUCAAACGCGCGCGCUACCCUCCGACGGGCCAAAGAAGCUAUGGUCCCUUUCGAACGCCCUUUGCCGAGAUCCCUGCACCCCCCGACGUGGCUGACUACAAGCGAAAACGGGCGCCCGAGGUGAUGAUCCUGCCCAUGAUAGAGUCGAAAGAGGCGGUAGACAACGCCGAGGACAUCAUCGGGACGGACGGCGUGGACGGCAUCUUCAUCGGACCCGUCGACCUGAGACACUCGCUUGGCUUCGAGGGCGCCUCGGGGGAUGAAGCAGAAUACGUGGCAGCCUUGCAGAAAGUGCUUCAGGUGGGCAAAAAGUGGGCAAAGCCGAUCGGCAUUCUCGGCUCACAGGCUGCGAUUCCUCGUCUCAUGGAGAUGGGAUUCAGCUUCAUCAUGUUACCAGGAGGGGACGCAGGGAUCCUAGCGGAGGCGGCUUCAGCGCUGCUAAAGGCAUCGAAAAACUCGAUUAGCUAG